CUGCCCCAGUUUGGCGAUAAUACCUAUGAGACUUCUUGCAGAAGUGUUAUAGACGACAUCGAGGCGCAGGCGCAGGAAGUGAUAUGGCGAGCAGUCUGGCUUCUCUUGUGUACCUCAGGUCUCUUGAGUAUGCGCGAGCUGCUCACGCAUGAGCAACUUUGGAGCAACCUCAGUCCCAAACAAUCUCUUCGCUUAUUGCGAAACGUGCUAUGGAAUAUCGCAUCGGGAGACGCCAAGCUGCCAGCAGUGGCAAAAAUGAGCACACAAGGAUAUAAUAACUGCGUAGUAGCCAAAGAGAUCACAAACAUCAUCCUCCAGAGCCAUUUCUUCUCGAACAACCUAGUGUCCGAGGCCGUUUAUAUGUCGUUGCCGGAAAAGUACCAGGAGCACCUGCGUGAGACAGUCAGUAAUCUUUUGCGGUUUAUGUACGUCUGGGUGGAGCAUGAGAAUAGAACGGUGCC